AACAUGCCCAGUCCAUAGAACCUCCUCCUUAUCUGAGCGAAAAAACCAUGUCCCCUUAGAUUUUGGGGGAAACGAAGAAAUUUCAGAAUUUGCAUUUCAAUUUUGUUUCUCUACUGCUUUGCUUCCCGGAUAAAAAUGGCGGGAGCGGCGACCCUUAACCUCUAUCCGUCGGUUUCUUUCCGCCGUCCAUCCUCAGCGUCUAACUUAUCGUCAAAACCGUCGUUCAUCUCAAUUCGUGUUGCUACGAAAACGUUUUCCCGCUCCAGAUUCUUCAGGAUUUACGCGAUAUCUAGCAACGACAUUAAAGUGGGAAUCAGCAUUGAAGUCGAUGGAGCUCCAUGGAAAGUUUUAGAGUUUCUUCAUGUGAAACCUGGAAAAGGGGCUGCGUUUGUGAGGACGAAAAUGCGGAAUUAUGUAACUGGAAACACAGUGGAUAAAACUUUUCGAGCUGGAAGUACGAUUGACGAGGCUGAUAUAUAUAAGGAAACCAAACAAUUCACAUAUAAAGAUGGUUCACAGUUUGUCUUCAUGGACCUGAAUACUUAUGAAGAAUAUCGUCUUAGUGAAUCGGAAGUUGGAGACAAGUCCAAGUUUCUUAAAGAGGGGGCAGAAUGCAAUUUGCUAUUCUGGAAUGCAAAGGUUAUUGAUUUUGAACUACCCAUCACUGUCAAGCUAACUGUACUGGAUGUUGAUCCUGGUGUCAAAGGUGAUACUGCUCAAGGUGGAUCAAAACCGGCAACUGUUGACACAGGUGCUGUUGUUAAUGUUCCAUUGUUCAUAAAUAGAGGAGAUGAAAUUUUGGUGGAUUCAAGAACUGGACAAUACAUGAGCCGAGCAUAGUUGUCCAUGCAAGAAGGAAAGUUUUUCGACGGUAAUUCUGUUAGUAGCAAUAUUCCAGUGUUGUCUGCCAUACAUGAUGCAGGAAAAAUACCAUCCUUUUUGCUAGAGAUCGAGAAGCGAGCGUCCUUUGCUUUAAGAGGCCAUUUACUUUUAGAGGAUAAUGGUUUGUUUGUAGAGGUUGAACACAGCUGAACUGAUCAGUUCUGAAUGAGGCAAUUUUCUGUAACUUCUUUUUUUUAGAUUUUCUCAGAUGAAUCGGUUUUACAAAGUAAA